AUGACAUUUUCAAAACGUAAAAUCAUGUUGGAUGGAUUUCUUAGGGGAAAUCAUCGUAGUGCUUCUGCCGGCUGCCUCCAAAUGAAGCAUCAAAAACCACUAGUGCUUUUCAAGAAAAAUGGCCUUUUUCCAAGAAUUUGUUUACUUUUUCUUGGAAUUUGUCUAGUGCUUCAAUGCAUCAAUGGUGCUUCUGCCGGCCAAUUUUAUUCGAUGAACAGCCCCUUGCAAUAUUUGAGACGAAGAGAUUUUGUUCAUCCAUGUGGAAUUUUCAAGGCUUCGUGA